GGCCGCCGGGACAUCGGCGGGCUUUCAUAGCGCAGUUUGAAUUUGCAGUUUGUCCCGGGUAUCGGGCGUUCACUGUACAUUGCCCAAUUUUCACGACGGACAUGAUGGGCAGUAGGGAGGAAUUCAAGACGGGUAUAGGAACAGGAACAGGAACAGGGACAGGGACAGGGACAGGGACAGGGGCAGGGACCUUGAUAGGAAUAGGACCAGAACCAGGCGAAUUAACUUGUGGUCCAGAUACAGGACUAGGGAAUGAGCGGGAGUAGUCUUGACAUUGCGAGGCAGAAUUAUUGGCCGUGCCAUACAUACCA